AGGAAAAUUUUGAGAGAUAUUAGAGAGAGAAAUGACUGAAGAAAGUGCUGGGAACACACUUGCGACCACUAUUGCCCCUCUAAACUGGUGGUAUCUCCAGGCAAAUUCUCUUUCUUCCUGGAACGAUACUAAUAACGCAUGGAACAACCAACCAAACCCUAAUUCUUCCUCUUCUGGUGAGGAGGAUAUAUCUGUUUCCACAUCUUUCACUAAUGCUUCCAACCAUUCAAGCCUCACUGUUGAAUCCUCUCGUAGACUCGUUGAUCCACCUGCACCUUCCUCCAACGAGUUGAUGGGAGAACAUGCUUCAGAUAAUCAACUUUGGAGUCAUGUUCUAUCAGGUGUUGGAUCAAAUGGCGAGUUGCACAACAGCCAAGAAAUUGGAGAGAACUUUCUGGAUGCACUAUCAUCAAAAAACAUUACAAACACUAUGUUUCAACCAGCCUGUGACUACUUGAAGAAACUUGACACCAGUUGGGAAUAUAGUGGUUCAGCUUCAUUCAAUAGCUUUGAGAAGAAUUUAAAUGGGUUUAGCGAGGCGAUGAUUGAGAAUAAUGAAAGGUUGACCAAGUUAUCUAAUCUUGUAAGCACUUGGUCUAUUGCCCCACCAGACCCAGAAGUUAGUGGCCACUUUGAUCCACAAACAAACAACAUGUCUAUGAGUUCUUCCAUGGAUCACUUCCCACAAUCUGAUCACUUCAAGCAGCCUUUUGGAGACUCCACAUCAUGUUCUCUUGGAGGAGCAAGUAGAAAUUCUGGAAUGCUUCCUUGCUAUGAUCAUGACAUGAAGGUCAAGCAAGAGUAUCAUGCAAGUGAAGUGCCAGGAGCAGUAUUUGGAAAAUCAUUAAAUACAAAUGGAUAUCAAAAUGGAUUUAAUAGUCCUUCAGUAGGAGAGAGUAGCAAAUUCUACCAUGGGUUGCCCAAUCUUUCUUCAUGCACAAGAAAUUUCUCAGAUGUCAUAUCCUUCAAUAGUCGACUAGGAAGGCCAGUUAUUGGAAUCCAUGCACAGAAGCCUAGAAUGAAGUACUUAAACUUAACUGAAUCAAAGAAGCAGGGUCUUCAGACACCGUCACAGAUAAGAACUAUUAAUGGAAGAGGAGAGGGGACAACACGUGAAGUAAAGAAGAAAAGAUCUGAAGAAUCUUCUGAAGCCAUCUUGAAAAAGCCUAAGCAAGAUGCAUCAACAGCUUCUUCAAAGGUGCAGGCCCCCAAAGUCAAGCUAGGGGACAAGAUCACAGCCCUUCAACAAAUUGUGUCUCCAUUUGGAAAGACGGAUACAGCAUCUGUGCUGUUUGAAGCAAUAGGAUACAUAAAGUUUCUUCAAGAACAAGUCCAGCUACUGAGCAACCCUUACUUGAAGACUAAUGCUCACAAGGAACCAUGGGGAAGCUUGGAUAGAAAAGACAAGGAGGACACAAAGCUAGACCUUCGGAGUAGAGGUCUUUGUUUGGUUCCUACUUCAUGUACUCCUCUAGUUUACAGAGAGAGCAGUGGACCAGAUUACUGGACACCAGCGUAUAGAGGAUGUUUGUAUAGGUGA